CACACACGUGUGUGGGCGGUGGGGCUGGGCGGUGUAUUCAGUGUGUACAAGCAGUGUUGAGUAGUCAACAACAAGGCAGACAAACUGAAGACAAGCACGUGUGACACAUUACACAUCUGCACAGGCUGUUGGUCAUACCCUCUCAAACCAACCAAGACCAAGACCUAAGAGACAUGCACUUUGAUAAAGCGCCAAAGGAGAAGCCAUGCUACACUCUGCCCACAGUGAAAAAACUAUUGGAACAGAAGAGGAAGCGAGAGACGUCCUCGGGUCUCACCUCGUACCCUCCAAACACAACUGGUCUCGCUGGUCACAGCAUGCUGACUCACCUGCAGACUCCAGAACAACUGAGCUGCGCAGGCGCAUCAAGCAACUAUACAGACAUGCCAGCUAUGACAUGUGAGCAGUGGGCUCCAAUGCAAGGGUCUGCUCUCUCUUAUGACCCCAAUCAACCUGGACCAAGCUUCCCUGUGGGCUAUGACGUCCCAAUGGAUUCAGAUUUCAGCUCCCAGCAGCAGCUUCAAGGAUUUGCGUCACAGUCCUACGACUGUCUGAUGGAAGCUGCAGAUCAGGGCGCGGCUUCUACUUGGUCCCCUCUGGAACCAAGUCAGGCCCCUCAUUCUACUUUUGGGUCUUGGAUGGAUACCGGCACACUAGAGAAGGCCAGAAUGCUGAUGAGAGACAUGGACUACAGUAGAAUCAUUGGCCAGGAUGAGGACGGAGACACCAUCCUGCAUAUCUACACUGCUAAGGGUCUCAGGGAGUGGGCCUUCGCUGCAGCAGAGAAGCUGAGGGAUUUAGAAAAGCUUGAUGCUAAAGAGCAUAAAGGCAAAACUGCCUUACUGGUGGCGGUGACAGCAAACCAGCCAGACAUUGUUGAAGAUCUGUUGUCAUUUGGAGCUGACAUCAACGCUUGUGAUGUCAAAGGGCAAAGUGCUCUUCACCUGGCCGCUCACGAUGGCUUAGCGAGGAUAUUGCAGAUAAUUCUGACCAACAGACCCGCCGUCAACCUCGAGGCCAGAGACUUCGAAGGUAUGACCCCCCUACACUGUGCAGCCAUUUCUCAUUGUGUCACCAUGAAGGCUUUGUUUGCCUGCGAGAUGGUGGAUGUGAACCUGCAGGCCAAAGCUGCAGAGAAGCUCUCCUGUGUGCAGGUGCUUCUCAACGCGGGCGCCUCACCACUCAGCCAGGAAAUCAAAAGCAGCAAGACAGUGUUGCAUUUGGCUGUGAAGGAAGGGAAUGUUGUUUUGCUUCACUAUCUGCUCAGCAUCCCCAUGCACAAUGUAAAAGACUUUGUCAACAUGAAAGCACAUGGCCACACGGCUUUGCACAUGGCGGCUUGUCUCCAUGGCAACCCCAGGCAGGAGGAGAUCCUGCGGCUCCUACUGAGUAGAGGAGCUGAUCCGAGCAUCCGCAAUAUGGAGAACAGCCUGCCGGCGCAUCUUCUACAGGGUGGCCCGGAAGGGGAGCAUCUCAAACACUUGCUGAAGAAACGUAGCGCUUCGACUCGCCGACGUCUGGUGGCCCCACAGGACCAGGAAUGAUUGAAAGUCUUCUGUUAAGAAGGGAAUUCUUUCCAUUUUAUCAAGGAGUGAAAGUCUGAUGGUAAUUCACAUUGGAUUUUAACUCAGAAAACGAUUCACCAUUGAGCUGCUUUUCAAGAACAGCAAAAGUUGAUAUUUAUGUUUCCAUACUAUUUUCUGUCAAGCGUUUGUACUUUUUAAUUUAAAAAAAAUCAUGCUGUUUGGCAUAUAUUUAAAGAAAAUCAGACUGAACAUUUUUUUCCACAUUUUGAUUGAAGUCCUUGUCACCUGCCACGUCAGGCACACAUGUACAAUCUAAUGCCAUCCAACAGAAGAGCUAAAAUGCCAAAUGCUAAAUGGAGUGCACUGCUUGAUUCAUCUUUCAUUUUCAUCAUACUAUAGUCGUUCAAGACAAUUGACUCACCCCAACGCUCACAUUUUGUGGAAAUUCAAGAUGUCUAAAAUAAGCAAACCAAAUGAAUCAUUAUUAUCUUUGUAAAAGGCAGAUUUUUGGGUGGCAUUAGAUUGUGUUUGAGUGUCUCAGUUACAGGGUUAAAAAUUGUGGCUGAGGUGAGAAAGUUGUCAUGUUACAGAAACUUUGAUUUCCAUGAAAUCAACGGUCUGACCUGGAAGAGUCUUUCUCAUGAUGAUCGCAUUGACGAUGGCUGCUGUUGCUGAAUUCAAUCAGCAUAUUUACUUAUGUUGACAUUGCUCAUGUUGAAAAUGAGCUAACUGAAAGACUCGUUCCUCUUCUGUAUGCAUCAUACUUGUGGAUGUAACGUGUUUACUGUGUAAAACUACAUUGACUUGUGUUUGUUUCGUGUCUUAGAACUAAAGCAUGACAAAUUCACACAUUAACAGUACAGUAAUCUACUCUGACUCAUUCAUGGACUAAACGAGUCAUGGGUGUUUGGAUUGUUCUCGUGAGUCUUGACAUAAAUUAGCGGUGUGGGGAACUUGAGCCACUCACAGAAAAGUUGUAACAAUGAUGACGUUUACUCUUGAGGAAUACACAACAUUCACUUUCAACAACAAAAAAUUCCUGACAUUUUGAUUGUCAUGACCAGAGACCACCAAGAGGUGUCAAAUUUGCUUUUGACUGUAAUUUCAGUGAGAGAAAUAAAGGUUGAGGUCUGUGACUCA